ACGCGCGCGCGUUCCAAAUUCAAUUCAGUCGAACAGCCAUCGAGAACUGCAUCGCAUGCGUUCGAAUAUUUCAAAUUAAUCGUUCGAAAAAAAAGAAAGUUUAUGUGUCAACAUUUGAAUUUGGAACUGUAAUUAUUUUUUAAACAAAAUGGCGUUUACAAUUGUGCGCCUAGGAGUGAGAUCUGUAAUAAACUUUGAAAGAAAUGCAGCAGUUUUGAGUGUGACUUGUGUACCAAGACAGUUAAAUCUCUUCCACACAAAACCAGCGUGCAACGGCAAUAUCUGCUACCUCAGCGAGUUCCCCCGCGAGAGGGACCUACACGAGAGGAACUCCGCCCUCCGGUGGUACAGCAAGCAACAUGGCCGUCCGGAGGAGGACAGGAGGAAAGCUGACAGCGACUCUGACUCGGAUUCCGAUACGGAGUGUAAAGGAUAUGAUAGAUCAGAGUUCUGGCGUCGGAAAAUGCGCACGGUACACAACAUCCUGGACGUGGACAAGGAUGGUCUGAUCUCGUUCAACGACUUCCUGCUGUUCGCGGAGAGGUUCAAGGCUUUGGGACAUCUGUCUGAUCAGCAGGCCGAGGAAUUCACCAGUAUUAUUAAGUUGACAUGGGAAGAGCAAUGGGGCGCUAUCGACCCGUACAACUUCGUCACGGUGGAGCAGUAUCUAGAGGAUAUGCAUCACGUGCUCAACGACAAGUCUUUGAAGAAGAAGGCUCAUCGCUGGCUUCCUUACUUGUUCAAGGCGGUAGACAAAGACAAGUCCGGCUACAUAUCGGUGCACGAGUUCAAGUUGUUCUUCAAAUGCUUAGGACUUGACAAUGAGAAGGCGGCCGUCGCGUUUGCUGUCAUUGACGUUAAUGGGGAUGGCAAGUUAUCUCUAAAAGAGUUCGUCAAGCUUGGCAAGGAAUUUUUCUGCACUGAAGACGAGAAAAGGGUUUCAAAGAUGUUCUGGGGACCUCUGAUAAACUAAGUCAUAGAAAUAUAAACUUUAUUUGUAAGACUUAAGAGUCAUCAUUGACUGCAGUUUUUAAUUUAGCAUUUAGUAUAUGUGUAGGUAGGUAUUUUUAUACGAAUUGGUAAUUGUAUGUGUUAUGGAAAGACAGCUGUUUUUUUAUGUAGGUAGUAAGUAAAAAUCUUAUGAAAAGACAUAAUUAUGUAAACUAAGAAAAUACAAAAAAAAAAUAUUGUGAGUACUUGAGGCUAAAAAAGAAUGAAAAAUGUAGCUAACUUCUAUUUAAUUUGUAGAAUCCCAAUUUUGAAAAUGAAAACUAAGGUUAAUACUUAACCUUCUCAUCUUAAAACCACCUGUUUUUAACUGUUUUAUACUAUUAUUAGCUAGUUAGAUUUAACUACGGUCUUAUGACGCUAAAUAAUAAUUAAUAGUAAUGUAUGUCAUUCCUAUAUACGGACCAACAUUCAUGUUAUGGAUGUAUAAAAAUAUUAUUGAAUAGAAUCUCAAUAAAGUUUUGAAAUAAAA